AUGGACGCUCAUCAUCGAAAAUCGGCCGAUUUGCCGGAGGGGCAUAAAAACCCUCCCGGUGAAUCCGCAAGCGCCGAAUUCACAGGUGAGCACUUUUUAAACAAUAUAUCGUUCGAUUUCGGUGCUGCUGACGCGCGAGGAAAUCUCGACGCGUCGCAACACGGGAGGAGACAGAGUCAAAGACUCAAUACUAAUUUAAAUAAGAGACGCAGAACCGCUAAUGAAAAUUACGGAGCGCGUAGUUUUGAUAUACUUUCGUUAGCUGAGCAUCUCACCGAUGUGAUGACGCAAACCGUCGGGAAAUUAAAAGGUGAGUUAGAAAGCACAUUCAAAAAGUGCAUACGUGAAGAGCAGGACAAACACGACAAAUCUCUCAAGGAGAUGUCCCACAGAUUCCAGCAGCAGUUACACGAAUUAAGGGAGCAAAGGGUAACACCUAAUUACUUGCCUGCAGCACCCACGUAUGCCCAGAAAGCAGCUCAAGGAUCUCCAAUGGUACCGUCGAAGAAAGCGAUUACGCUCACACUCCACCAAACCGACCCUACCAAACCUGUUCUAAGCGAAAAUGAAACUAAAUCAGCUGAUAUUAAGAGGAUUAUGGACGAACACAUUUCAAAGACGUUCGGCGACCGCC